UCUUCAUUUCAAUUCAUUACGAGGGUGUUCCUGUUUUCUUUCACAAUGACGUUGACUAAACUCUUCCUGUAAAAAGAGGAAGAGGAAGGACAAGAGGAAGAACGCAAACGUAGUGGUGAUGGACACGACAGAUGAGAACUGUGGUCCAGUCAUCGUCACGAAUGGUGUUUACCCGGUACGGUGCACAGAGGAAGUACUUCUGCCUUUCAUCACAGAUGAGAGUCAGCAGGCGGCCAUGGACUCACGGCUCCCUCCCGACUCGCACGGCGUCCCCUCGGCUCUCCCGGAGCUCAGGCUGGUCCUCCUGGGCAGGAAAGGAGCAGGGAAGAGCGCGGCAGGCAACACCAUCCUGGGGGCAGCGGGAGACUUCGAGAGCGGGAAGCCCACGGAGGAGUGCGUGAAACGGCGAGCCGAUGUGGCAGGGAGGAGAGUCACGGUGGUGGACACGCCAGGUUGGGAGUGGUACUACCCGCUCAACAGCACCCCCAACUGGGUGAGGAGAGAGACUUUACGGAGUGUGUCGCUUUGCCCUUCCGGACCCCACGCCGUGCUCCUGGUGGUGCGAUCCUGCGCCUCGGUAACGGAGGACUACAUCAGUGAGAUCGAGGAGCACCUGGAGCCGCUGGGAAAAGGAGUCUGGGAGCACACCAUGCUGCUGUUCACCAGGGGGGACGAGCUGGGCCUGGGGUCCAUGGAGCAGCGCAUCUUGACGAGCGGCCCGGGACUCCAGAGACUCCUCCAGAAGUGCGGGAACAGAUACCAUGUCGUGAAUAACUGGAGCAAAGGAGAUGGGACGCAGGUCAGAGAGCUGAUAAGGAAGCUGGAGGAGAUGGUGGAGGGCAAGAAGGAGGAUGGAAGCGGUCAUUUAGAGAUAGAGAAUACGGUGCUGGUGGGUCUGGAAGCAGACGGGAAGAGGAGAGCGAGGGAGAGGAGGAAGAAACAGAGGCAGAUGGAGGCGCAGAUGCAGAGAGGGACCAUCAAAGCUGCCCUAACGAGCGAUGGUCUCCAGGGCUCCAAGUUAGACGCCCACCAGUCAUUCUCCAGGGCUCCCAGACGUCUACCCGAGGUCAGACUGGUUCUCCUGGGCGAGCGUGAGACAGGAAAGAGCUCUGCAGGAAACACCAUCCUGGGCGAAAUGGUCUUCUUCCAGGCCGGGGCGGUGACGGAGGAGUGCGUCCGUCAGCAAGCGGAGGUGGGCAUGCGGCUGGUGACGGUGGUGGACACUCCGGGCUGGGAGGGAGGUGUAGCGGGUGCCACACCCGAGAGGGUGAAGAGGGAGAUUGUCAGUAGCGUGGCCUUGUGUCCUCCGGGGCCCCACGGGCUCCUGCUGACCCUGAGGGUGGACACACUGGUGCGGGCAGCGCACGUGAGGGAACAUCUGGAGCUUCUCGGCGAUGGUGUGUGGAGACACACGAUACUGCUGUUCACGCACGGGGAUCAGCUUCGAGAGGGGGUGGACAUCGAGCAGCACGUCCAGGGCGGGGGCAGGGACCUCCAGUGGCUGCUGGACAAGUGCAGGGGCCGGUACCACGUCAUAAGCAGCGCAGAUGGAGGAGGAAGAGGAAACGGAGGCUCUAGCGAGGUGACGGAGCUCCUGCAGAAGGUGGAAAAGACAGCAGCGAUGAACAGGUGCGAGGCUUUCUCCGGCCUGGUGCAGGAGGUCAGGGAUCUGAGCCGGCACAGGAACGAGAAGUUCAACCAGCGCCUGAAGGACAUGGGAGACAAAAUGCUUCAUCAGGAGGACGAGUUGAAAAAUAUGCGAGAUAGGGAGAUGAAAAGGAUCAGGUGGUUUUUUGACAGGAAGAAAAAGGUGAAGUCACCCGGGAAGGCCGACGUUCAAAGGGAAGAGGAGGAGGAAGAGGACAGGAGGAUGGGCGAAAGGAAGAAUGAUAUUGGGGAGCUGGAGGAGAGGAUGCGAUGGCUGACAGAAGAUAAGGAGAGAGAAAUUCAGGAUCUGAGCAUAGAAAAUGAGAGAAUCGGCGCGGCGCUAAACCAGAGUCGAGGAGAAAGGCACAAGGCGACGCUCAACCUGGAGCUGAAAGAGAGAGAGAUCGAGGAACUGACAGAAAGAAUUGACGAGCAGCAACUGAAGCUGCUCGACCUUGAACGUGCCGUUGUAGAAAAUGAACAUGAGAGAAAACAGAGGGAAGAUACCGUUAAAGCGAAGAAACAAGAGUGGAUGAGUGAGGUUAAGAAAUUGGAAGAAAACACAGAGUUGCAGGAAAAAGAGAAAGCAGAGUGGAUGGAAAAAGUUGCUUCUUUAAAAGCAGAAAUGGACGAGAUGAAAAGACGCCACGAUGAUGUUCUCGAGACAAAAGAACAAGAAAAAAACAGGAAGAUAGCAGAAAUGGAAGAAAAACUAAAACGAGAGAUGGAAAUAAAACUACUUCAAAAAGAUAAAGAGCGAGAACAAAUGAGAGAGAAGGCAUCAGAGGAAAAGCAGAUAACGCUCGACAACGCAAAACAAUAUGAAAAAGAUAUGCAGAGGAAAGUUGAAGAAAUCAAAUUACAACAUGAUAAAGAGACAGAGAGAAAAAUGCGCGAGACAGAGAAGGAGAUAAAAGGCCUAAAACUGCAACAUCAGGAAGAGAUGGCCAGAGAAAUCUGUGAAAUAGAAAAAAUGGUGGAGACAAUGAAAGUUCAACAUCAAGAAGAAAUUGAUCAGAGGUUGAAAGACAAUAAAGAAGAUGUAGAAAGAGUCAAACAACAGCAUCACAAUCAAAUAAAGGAAACACAACAAGAACAACUCAGAGAGAUUGCUGAGCUGAAAGAGCAGUUUGAAAAAGAAAUGGAGGAACAAAUGCAAGUAAAAAAGAGAGAGAUAGCAGAGUUAGAGCAAAGGUAUCUCGUCCAAACAGAAGGAAAAAUGCUGGAAAAUGAAAAAGAGAAGGAAAUGAGUCAUCUUGAUUACAAAAAAGACAUGGCACAGAAGAUGCAAGAGAGAGAAAAAGAACUAGAAGUGUUAAAACUGCAGCAUCAGGAAGAAAUGGCAAGAAAAAUGAAAGAAAUGGAGGAACUAAUGGAGACGAGGAGUGCUGUACACCAGGAGGAAAUAGAUAGAACAGUGAAAGAGAAGGAGGAAGAUGUGAAAAGGGCCCAACAACAGUACGGUGAUAAAAUAAGGGACAUGGAGCAAGAAAGACAAAUAGGGAUUCAAGAGCUGAAACAACAGUUUGCAGAAGAAACUGAGAAACAAUUGCAGGAAAGACAAAGAGAGAUAAGAGAGUUGGAGCAAAAGCAUGCAGCCCAAACAGAAGAAAAGGUGCUAGAAAAUGAAAAAGAGAAGGAAGUUAUGAAAGAAAAUCACGAGAGAUACAUUUUGCAAAAAGUGCAAGAGAGAGGCGGACUACUAGAGGAGUUAGAACGUCAGCACAUGAAUGAAAUGAAAGAACUAAUGCAAGAAAGUGACCAGGAGAAGGAAAGGCUUGUUAUGAAUCUCAAGAAAGAGAUGGAGCACAAACUGAAGGAAAAGGAAAAAGAAACGGAGGAGAUGAAACUGAACGUGAGAGGAAUGAAGGAAAAGCUGCAACAAAAGGAAGAGAAAGAAAUAGAUUUCAGGCAAGACAUGGAGCAAAGACUGGAGGAGAGAGAGAGAGAAACAGAAGUGAUAAAAGCACAUUCAAAAGAACUUGAGCAACAAUUGCGGCAGACAGAGGAGGAAAGAGAGAGAGAUCAUUUAAUUUACAAGAAACAGGUGGAGCAAAAACUCAAAGAACAAGAAAGAGUGAUAGAAAAAUUGAAUCAGCAUAUAAAGGACAUUGACGAAAUCCUGCAGAGGAAAGACGAAGAGAGAGGAGAAAUUAUUCUGAAUCAAAAGAAAGAGGCAGAGCAGCGACUGCAGGACAGAGAACGAGAGAUGGAGGAGACGAAACUCGAGCUUUUAAACGACACAGAGAGAAAACUGAGAGAAAAGGAAACCGAGAUUGAAAGUGUCAAACAACAGGCCGACUCCAGGGAGAGAAGAUGGAGGGAAGAGCAGAGGAAGAAGGACGAGACGGGAGAAAACGAGCUAAAGCGACUGUUAGAAAUCAUUGACAAUAAAACAAAAAGAAUAGCACAAGCACAAUGUCUUCUUGCAGAGAGAGACGGUGAGAUUGAUGAGGCAAAAAAGACAUGUGCAAACUACUUGGAAGAAAUUGAAGAGCUGAAAGAGAGCCAUCAAAACCAAACCACCAGUAUCAUGGAGAUACAGCAGCGUCACACAGAGCAGGAGAGGAAAAAAGAUGCGGAAAUUGUGGAAAAACUUCAGGAGAAAGAAGAAGAGCUGAGGCUGAGAGACAGAGAAAAAGAGAGAGAGAUCAUUCAGCUGAGGCUGACAAUCGAGCAGACGAAGUCCGAGCUGAAGGAGCUCACGCACAAGAUGGAGAAGGCGAUGACGAGCAUGAUCCAGGAGUACGAAAGGGAGAUCGCGAGAAGGAACGAGAGCGUGGAAUCCAUCGCGAAGGAGAGGGAUCGAGCGACAAGUCGCUCAGAGGAAGCCUCGGAGAAAUAUGAGGAAAGCCGGCGGAGAGUCGAGGAGCUGCUGCAGCAAAACGAGAAGAUGAGAAAGGAGGCAGAACACCUCGAAGUAAAGUGCGAAGAGCUGAAGAGGGAGAGCGAAGAAGAAGUUAGGAAACAUCUCAGGGGAUGUGAAGAGCAGGCGCAAGGUAUUCUUAAAGAGAGAGACGUGGAGGUCGGGGGAUUGAAGGAGGAAAAUAACAAACUGCAAGUAGAGAUAGAGAGGAUGAAAGAGGGGCAGGGUGAGGCAGAAAGGCAGUUAAAUGAAAUGAGAGAGCUCACAACGAAGGAUGAGGAAUUCUUGAAAAGCGAAAACAAAGUAGCAGAAAGGGAGCAGCUUCUGAGCAGAAGAGGAAAUGAACUUGAUGCAAAAGAGACAGAGCUGGCUGAAAAAGAGGUAAACUUGGAAAGUAAGGAAGAGGAACUUAGCAAAUGGGAAGCAAGUCUAGAAAAGCAAAAGAAAGAGCAGGAGGAAACAGACAAACACGAGCAAGAAGUGAGCAUGAGAGCACAACAUGAAGAGAAAAGGGAAAGGGAGCUAGAGAGCUUGCUUGCAGCUCUGGAGGGCCGACAGAAAGAGCUGAAUUAUCACGGGCAAGAUCUUCAGGAGAAGGUGAAAGGGCUGAAAGACAGGGAGCACUACUUAAGAAAUGAAGAGCAGGAGCUGCUCAGCUGGAAGUCAGAGUUGCAGAUGCAGAACGAGCAUGUGAACUCCACGACGCAGCAGCUGGAUGAGAUGGGGAGGGACCUGGCUCUGCUGAAGGAAGAGCUUCACAACAAAGAGAGAAACUUAAAGGUGUCGCUUAGGAAACUGGGCAAGUGGGAACAGAAUCUCAAAGAGCGUGAGGAAGGGUUGCACAAAAGAGAGAGGGGGGAUUUGGAGAAUGGACAGCGUGAUGUGGGAGACCAUGAGAGGGAUCCUUUCGAUCAGACGGCUGCAGUUGAGAGCUCAGAGGAUGACUUGCCCUUAAUGUACCGGGAGGUCAGCGAGAGGAGGGAAAAGGGAAGAGGAAGAGAGUCAGAUAGAGGAGACAAGGAAAGGGAGGAUCAGAGGAUGGAGACAUCAUCGUCAGCUGCAGAGAGAAAUAACUGUCACCUUGAAACACUAAAGGAGAUAGAGACGGCUGAGGGAAAGGAAGGGAGGAGAGGGGGAGGAGGAGAGACGAGGAGGCAAAAGGCCAGAGAGGUCAUUCAAGAUUUCACCUUUUUAUCAGCAAGUCAGGGUCACAGAAGCUCGAACCUCGCUGGGUCGGACUUGAGGGUGGUGGUGUUAGGGGAGUCCUGGUCGUCUCGCUGCCCCGUUGGAGUCACCCUCCUGUGCGGGGAGGCGUCCGAACCGGACGCGUCUACGUUCAGGCCCUGGAGAGGUCAGGUCGGCGGACGCCGACUCGCCGUCGCAGAACCGCUGGGCCUGAGGUGGCGAGACGGACCCGACCCGACCGACGCGGUGCAGAGGACAAGCAUCCUCGACAGCGUCUCCUGGUGUCGCCCAGGACCACACGUGGUCCUCCUGCUCAUGCCGGCCUACCUGACCUGCACGCAGAGGUACAGGAGAGCAGUCGAGGAGCACGUGGGCUUGCUCGGGGAAGGCGUUUGGCGGCGCACGCUGGUGCUGUUCACGUGGGGGGAAACGUUAGGGGAGAGCGCCGAGCAGCACAUCCUGAGGAACGGGGAGCUGACGGGGCUCGUGGAGCGAUGCGGGGGAAGGUACCAUGUGCUGAGCAACAAGAGAAGCGACGCAUCGAUUGAGGGGUUGUUAGAGAAGAUGGAGGAUGUGGUGGCUUUGAACAGCGGAGAACUGUGAUGACACUGUAUGAAUGUAUCAUAUAAAGAAUAGUGUCUUGUCUUGUUAUGUGAAUAUAUUUGAAUAAAUUAAAAAUGUGGUGCAAGAAGUACUCAGAUUCUUUAUUUACGGUCUGUCAAACUA